CUAAAGCCAUCAACAUCCUCUAUUGUGCCGUGAACCCGGAUGACUAAUGGAAGAUUUCAUGUUGUUCCACCGCCAAGGAAAUGUGGGACAAGCUUGAAAUCACCUAUGAAGGUACGGAUCAAGUCCGAGAAGCUAAACUAGAUUUUCUGACCCAUGAAUAUGAAUUGUUUUGUAUGAAUGAGAAUGAGAAAAUCGAUGAGAUGUUUGAACGAUUUUCAAAAAUCAUCAAUGACAUUCAUGCUCUCAAGAAGACGUACACAGACAAGGAGCUUGUGAGAAAAAUCCCGCGGAGUCUCACACCGAAAUGGCGCUCUAAAGCUAAUGCUAUCCAAGAGUCCAUCGGCAUCACCAACGUCACCAUCGACGGGCUUAGAGGUAACCUCAAAACCUAUGAGUCUACCAUUUUUUCCCCCUCUUUAGGUGAACAAAAGAAGAAGGGGAUUGCACUCAAGGCUUCCACAAGCCAAGAACCUGCCAUGGAGGAAUCAAGCAACGAAGACAAUGAGUUCGGGCUCGUUAUCAAGAAAUUCCACAACUUCAUGCGGAAGGAGUAUGAACGGAAGAGCGAGAAGCAAGGAGGACCACCCAAAUGCUAUGGGUGUGGAGAAAUCGGGCAUAUCAAGCCAAAAUGCCGAAAUGCUAAGAACGAGAAGGAGAAGAAGCCAUUUAAGAAACACCGUGCUUACACCAAGAUUUAUACUGGUUCACCACAACGUGUGGCUAGUCCAGUCUCCUGAGAGACUCUCUCGAGCUACACUACUUCCGUUAAGCUUACGGGUGCUUAACAAACCGUUACAACCUGAGAACUCGAGUCCCACGAGCCUCAAUACACUUGCUCGGAGAUACCGCACUCCAAGACUUCAACCCGAAGGAAAAUACCUUUCCUUCGUACAACCAAGGGAAACAAGCUUCCCUUAACGUGUAUACAACAUAGUUUGAAUAAAUUUAGAAAAAAACAAAUAAGAGUUGUGAGU